AAAGGACAUACAAAUUCACUACGCGACAGCGGCUUGAGUUUUUUGUUUAUUUCUUCUUUUUGAUUCGGCUAUUGAGAAACUAUUCUGCACAAAGAUUUUCUUAAAUAUGGAGGCUCAGACUGCAGUCUUUUGUUCUAGUGAUUUAGAAGCUCUUAGUACAAAGUUGAAACGAUCAAAAGACUUCCUUAAACUGUAUGCUGGAAUUACAAAACUUGGAGACAUUUCAUCAAUGUCAGAGCCCAUAAGUAUUCAGGCAUUCAGCCAUUUACUGACUCUCCUCACCCACCGAUAUCCAAAGAUAAGAAAAGUCAGUGCUGAGCAAGUUUAUAUUGUGCUCUUACAAAAUGACACUCUUGUGCCAAGAGACAAACUAGAAAAAGCACUAGAGAUUAUCUCUGAGACUUGCUGGGAAGGUGAUGUUAAAGAAGCAAAAGGGAAGAGAUUAGAGCUCUGUGCCAUGUGCAACCUGGAUGUUGAUACAUAUCAAAUGGUAAGAUCAGGGGCGGAGCUAACGUGUAGGUUAUGAAUUCGGCAUAACUUUGGUUCAAAAUAUGUAUUUAUUUUAAGAAUUUGAUUGAAUAUUGUAUAAAUUAUUAAUUUAUAUCUCAAUAACUUAAAAGAAGUAGGAGAUCGAACCAAUAAUUAAGCUUCAAAUUUGGGUUUCACCUCUGGUUGGGACAUCCUGCGAAAUGGUUGGACAGGCACCCACCAGUGAUGAAAAAGCAUCAAACUCUUCACUUGUUUGAUCAGUUGUGUUUUAGUGGG